CGGGAGACUGAGCUUCUGUGUCUCCCCCCCCCCCCCCGCCCCCGCCAGGUGUGGGCCUGAGUUCAGCGUGGUGGGCAGAUCUCCUCCUCCUCUGCUGCCGCCCAGGCUCAACAUGAACAACAUAUCUAGUACUCAAGAAUCUCUUAUGCCUAAAAAUUCUUGUUUGAAAAGUGUGUUUGAAGAUCAGCUGUUAUUUUUACCAGAAAAAUUAAGAGCAAGACUACUUCCUUUCCAGAAGGAUGGUAUUACCUUUGCAUUGAAAAGAGAUGGCAGAUGGGUCUAGGAAAAACAAUUCAAGCAGUUGCCAUAGCUUAUUUUUACAAAAAUGAAUGGCCUCUUUUAAUAGUUGUUCCUUCAUCUCUGAGAUACCCUUGGGCAGAGGAGAUUGAGAAAUGGAUUCCUGAACUAGGACCAGAAGACAUAAUUAUUAUUCAGAAUAAAACUGAUUUUGGGAGAAUAUCGACCAGCAAAGUGACAGUUCUAGGUUAUGGUCUCUUAACCACAGAUGCAAAGCUUCUGAUAGAUACUCUGUACAAACAGAACUUCAGAGUCGUCAUCAUAGAUGAAUCACACUAUAUGAAGUCCAGAAAUGCAUCCCGAAGCAAGAUUUUGUUGCCAUUAGUACAAAAUUCUACAAGAGCCAUUCUUCUUACAGGGACUCCAGCUUUGGGAAGACCUGAAGAGCUUUUUAUGCAGAUUGAUGCUCUUUUCCCAAAACAGUUUGGAACAUGGACUGAAUAUGCAAAAAGAUACUGUAAUGCUCAUAUCAGGUAUUUUGGUAAAAGAGCUCAGUGGGAUUCCAGAGGUGCAUCAAAUCUAGGUGAACUUCAUCAGCUAUUAAGUAAUAUAAUGAUCAGAAGAUUAAAGACUGAAGUUUUAACUCAGAUACCUCCUAAAAUUAGACAACGUAUCCCAUUUGAUCUUCCAUCUGCAGCAGCUAAGGAAUUGAAUACUAGCUUUGAAGAGUGGGAGAAAUUAAUGAGGGCUCCACAUUCAGGCACCACUGAUACUGGGAGCCACUUUUUCCAAGUCAUGGGGUUGAUGACCCGCAUGUUUAAACAAACAGCUAUUGCCAAGGCAGGUGCGGUAAAGGAUUAUAUUAAAAUGAUGCUUCAGAAUGAUUCACUUAAAUUUCUAGUUUUUGCUCACCAUUUAAGCAUGCUUCAAGCUUGUACAGAAGCAGCUAUAGAAAGCAAGGUUCGUUACAUUAGAAUAGAUGGAAGUGUUCCUUCUUCAGAAAGGGUAUAUCUGGUCAAUCAGUUUCAGAAGGAUCCUGACACUCGAGUAGCUGUCCUAAGCAUUCAGGCUGCUGGACAGGGUUUAACUUUCACUGCAGCAACUCAUGUCAUAUUUGCUGAGUUAUAUUGGGAUCCAGGACACAUAAAGCAAGCAGAAGACCGUGCUCACCGAAUUGGACAGUGCAGUUCUGUUAAUAUCCACUAUCUUAUUGCUAAUGGAACACUGGACUCUCUGAUGUGGGGGAUGUUGAACCGCAAGGCUAUCGUUACUGGUAGCACAUUGAAUGGUAGGAAAGAAAAACUAGAGGCAGAAGAAGAUGAUAAAGAAAAGUGGAAUUUCCUGAAAUUUGCUGAAGCUUGGACUCCAAAUGAAAAUUUUGAAGAAAUCAAAAAUGAAGUUCUCUUCACCCAUUUUGAAAAAGAAAAACAGCAUGAUAUUCGAGCCUUCUUUUCACCAAAACAUAAUAAGAAAAGACACACAAUGGCAUCCUGUGAUGAAUCAAGCAUAUCCCAGGAAAAAGAUACUGAGAAAGCCUUGGAUUGUAGAAAUAUAACUACGAGGAAUGCCAUUGACUAUGGAAGUGAUUUUGAACCUGAAGCUAAAAGAUGGAAAUCAGUGGCCACUCAGAACAAUUCCAUUCAAAAAGAGAAAAAAACAUCCUGCUCUAGUUCAACAAAUGCUGAAUUUAUAAAAGAAACAAUUCAGGAGACAAAGUCUAAUUCAACCAACAUAUCCCUCCCUGGAAAAAAUUGGCAGUGUGGUCUCUGCACCUAUGUUAAUAGUUCAUUAUUGCCUUAUUGUGAAAUGUGUGAGACCCCUCAAGGCAGUGCUGUAUAUUUGAACAAGCAACAAAUAGAUGAUCCCAACUGUAUCCAGGAUGAAAAAGGAAAUCAGGUAAAUGAGUCCCAGAAAAUCAACAUCUUGCAAGUUGGAGCCAACCCUUCCUGUUUGCAGCAAGCCCUUGAAAAGUCAGCAGUGGAACAGUUUGUCAAUAGCAAGGAAGAACAAGCUAAAGGUGAAAAUGAAGACAAAGGAGAUGGACUAAAACCCCCAAAAGAACAGUUGAAGAAUUCGGACGCUUUGCCUGUAUAUGAUAUCCUAAUGUUUUGUGCCAGUAAAAAUACAGACAGAAUUCACCUCUAUACUAAGGAUGGUGAACAAAUGAACUGCAAUUUCAUUCCUUUGGAUGUAAAAUUAGACCUCUGGGAAGAUUUACCAGCAUGUUUUCAACUGAAACAAAACCGUUCACUGAUUUUGAAGUUUGUGCGAGAGUGGAGUAGUCUCACAGCCAUGAAACAAAGAAUUAUCAGGAGAAGUGGACAUAUCUUUUGUAGCCCUGUUCUGGCUUUGGAAGAGAUAACAAAGCAACAGACGAAACAAAAUAGUACCAAAAGAUACAUAACUAAAGAAGAUGUUGCAGCAGCUGCUGUGAAGAAGGUGCAGAGUGAUGGGGGUAGCAUCCGUGUGAUCACAAAGGAAUCCAGGUUUUCCUCUAAAAAACAAACCUCUUCAGCUGUAGAAACAGGGGAAACUACUAUGAACCGAGUCCAGGAUGAUCUCACCACACAACCUUCUACAUCUAAGGGAUUUUUGCAAGCUGUAGAUAUUGAAGGAAAUCCACUUUGUCUCCACUGUCAACAACCUACUUGCCAAUCUGGCCAACAGCACAAAGUGAACGCUUGGGAUUCACGGUUUUGUUCUCAGAAAUGUCAGGAGGAGUUUUGGAUUCGAUCAAAUAACAGCUACCUACGUUCUAAAGUAUUUGAAAUAGAGCAUGGUGUCUGUCAGCUGUGUAAUCUGAAUGCCCAGGAACUCUUCCUUUCUCUCAGAGAUGCUCCUAAAAAUCAACGGAAGAAUCUCCUGCAAACCACUUGGAUCUCAAAGCUCUCCAUAGAACAGUUAAAUGAGAUGAUGAUAAACCCCGUAGAAGGGCAGUUCUGGCAGGUGGAUCACAUUCGACCAGUCUACAGUGGAGGAGGGCAGUGCUCUCUGGAAAACCUUCAAACUCUUUGUACAGUUUGUCAUAAGGAGAAAACUGCUCAACAAGCCAAAGAAAGAAGCCAGGCAAAAAGGAAAUCUUUAGCUUCAAAGCAUGGAUCCGACAUCACAAGAUUUUUUAUAAAGAAGUAAAAUGCGAGCAUUUAGCUGGAGCUUAAAUGGAUCAAAUAUAAAGGAAUGGGAACUUGUAGAUUUUUUUUUAUUGUUCAUAUUUACCAUUUUUAAAACUUGUAAAAGGUUAAUCAAGAAUUUCCAGGAUUUUCUCUGCCACCAUGGCAUGAACUGUGUCAGUGUUACAGAGGGUUCACAACAGUUGUGUCAAGGCACAUUCAACUAGAGGUAUUUUGCCAUAAGACACUGAGUAUGAUGGCAAAAAUGACAUCACAGAGUGCUAAAUCUCCUUGAUGUUGGGUUCAUUCAGGAUUGCAUCCAUGUUUCAGUGAGGUUUUUUAACCUGCCUUUUUCUAUGAGUUCCAAAUUACUACAUCACACAGAUUGAUUUUGUGUUUUUUUUUUUAAUCUACUUUGAUACGUUUGAACUGGUACUAGGAUUGGUGUUGGCAUUGGAAUGUUCUGGCUAUCAGAUAGCUUGCAGCCCAAAAAAUAUCUCUUUGCUAAUAUCAUGCUUAUUCAGAAAUCCUGGGUCAGUCACUAAAAUUAUGCUGAGUAUGCAGGAAGUGACCCAUAUUCCUGAAAUGUCUCCAACUUCGUUUCUUACAUUAUGCAUUUUGUGGUUUGGUUAACUUGACUUAUUGACAGUAAAUGUGCAUUUGAAAAUAAGCUAAUGUAUAGGCGGCAGCCAGGUGGCACAGUGGAUAUAGCACCGGCCCUGGAUUCAGCUGGACCUGAGUUCAAAUCUGGCCUCAGACACUUGACACUUAGUAGCUGUGUGACCCUGGGCAAGUCACUUAACCCUCAUUGCCCCUCCCCUCCCCCCAAAAAAUACACGAAAAGAAAAUCAACUAAUGUAAAUACCAUUUUUAUGGGCAACUUGGUGUUUCUAGGUAAAUCUGCUAAUAAAGUUAUUUCAAAAUCA